GCAGGAGAGCUUCAGUAGUUCGACUCACAGCUUUCCGACAGCUAUCAUGCAGCUGACACAUCUGGAAGCUGCAGUCAUCUUUGGGAUUGUUAUUCCUCAGAUAUCCAUCAUCAGCAUUUCAUCUGCACCCUCUGACUGUUUGGCUGCUGUGGAAACCUGCAUGUCAGAUUUAUGCAAGAGUGAACAGGCAUUCUCCGGCGGCAUGUGUUACAAUGAAGGGUGUCAAAUAAAAGGUUCAGAGGUCUGUAACAUGACCAUCAAGAACAUGCUGGACCAAUUCCCUUCUCUGCGAGGUUGUGUGUGCGCCUGGGGGGAGGAGCUGUGUGACUCUGUGCAAGCGCUGGCCACACAAUGCCACAGAAAGCCAGCACGUCAGCAGAAGAGGAGCUCGGUGAUGGACUGGAAGUCAAGCACUUUGAUUGGCUAUGUAUAUGAUGGCGCUGGAUCUUGUUUUGACCAGAUGAGAGUCUGUGUCAGCGAUGCAGUUUGCAACAGGCACCUAGCACCUGUUCUUCAGGCAUGUAUGGCAGAUCCGUGCGACCGCGACCGCUGUCAGCAAGCGACUCGGCACUUCUAUGGCAGCAUGCCGCAGGCUGUUGCAGAAUUGCUGGUCAUGUGUGAGUGCGAGGCCUCAGACCAGAGCUGUCUGCACAUGAAAACUGCUCUGCAGAGUGGUGCGUGUGGAGACGAGACCUGGGUCUGCCAGGAUACACUUAACCAGUGCGUUGACGACAGGAACUGCAGAGACCUGUUAAAAACUUUCCAAGCCAAAUGCUGGAGCUCUGAAGAGGCUCAAUGCAGCGGCAGUGGCCUCCAAAGUGAUGAAUGUUUCACCCAGAUGGCGCCAGCUCGCAUCCUUGGUGCAGAUUCUGAAUGUAGAAUGGCCUUCUUAGCCACUUUGGGCACAGCACUUCACCAUCCUUGUUCAUGCAAAGGCAUGCAUAAUCGUGAUCUACAGACGUGCGCCAUGAUUCAUGAUGUACUUCAUAAUAGAUCACACUUCAUGACAUCUUGGAAAAGUGGUCUUUCUAAACCUCUUGAAAAGAAUGAAUCUGAAAAUGGUCACACAUGGUCACAAGAUUAUCUGCUGUAUGCUUUUGCAACUGUGCUACUUGUUGGAGUUGUUAUAGUGAUGCCUCUGGCUGUUGUCAGUAAAAUUUGGUUGUUGAGAAAAAAAGAUAAAACAAAACUUCGCCAUCCGCAGAAAAACAAUUGGGUUGUUAUUCUCUGAUGUUUAUUCAUCUAUUAGAUGUGUGUCAUCAACAUUACAAAUUAUUUUGUUCCAAAAAGAUUUUAGAUGAUUACACUUAUCAGAUGGUUUUGAUUUUGUUGCUUAAAUAUCAGGUUUUUCACAAUGUUGAUAAGACUAUACAUAUAUCAAAAAUUCCCCACCGAUAUUUCACUGUGGCAGCAUUGUGAGAUACAGCAUCAUUUAUUUUAUAAGUCUUUUGUAGUGUACCCUGGUCUUGGGAACAGAAAGAGCUACAAAGAGUAACCAGUCUAACUGCGAUUUAUUAAACAUAAUCUAUUUAAGAGGGCUGAUUACAUAAUAACGUAUUUUUACUCAAACUUUUAUUCUCAAAAUAAAAUACUGUUUUUUAGAGAUUUUUAAGAUGAAUAUGUGGGAUUUUUUUCUUGAACCAUAAAAGAAACCUUUCUCUCUACGGUAAACAACGGAUCUUCAGAAUCGGUCAACAGUCUUCAGUUAUUAAUCUUUUCAGCUAUUUCAAACUGACUCGUGCCAUCAAUCAUUCUAAGAAAAUAACACAUCUGACACAUUUGAGAUUGCUUUAUGUCAUCAGUUGUCUUUUUGUGAGGAUUUAUCGGUGCUCCAG